CCGUCGCUCUCAGCCCAGGCUCCGGAAAUAGGGAACGAAACGUUAAAUACAAGAGCUCUUCCGCACUGACAACAUCCCGUGAGAGUUUCAAAAAUAUCUGCUGCUCGGCUCAGACCAAAAGCAAGAAAAAGCCGCGCGGCUCGUAACCAUUCAUCUCUUUUCGUUGUUCUCCUCCUCCUCGAAUCCCACAAAUUCAAGGAAAAAAAAAAAACAAAUAGAAAGGAAUUCUCCUCAAAGCCUAAGAGAGUGAAAAAUGGGUAGGCGAAAUCGCCCAAUUCUUCCUUUUCUCCUCUUGCUGAUCUCCUUAGCAUCAGAGCUGCUACUUCUGCCAGGAGAUUCAAAGACCCAUCCAUCAGACAUUCAAGCCCUGAAAGAUCUGCAACAGGGGCUAGACUCUUCUUCCAUAACCCCAGGCUCUUGCAUCAGUUCCUGGAAUUUCUCCAUCGACCCCUGCGACCACAUCUUCAGUGAAUCCUUCACUUGCGGUUUUCGCUGCGACACUUCCGUCUCCGGCCUAACCAGAAUCACCGAAAUCAGCCUCGACCAUGGUGCUGCCUACUCCGGCUCUCUCUCCCUCUCCAAUCUCCCCUACCUCGAAACCCUCGAUAUCGCGGAUAAUCUCUUCACGGGCCCCAUCCCGUCUUCCCUCUCCAAUAUCACCCGUCUCCGCCGCAUCAGCCUCUCCCGUAACGCCUUCUCUGGAGAAAUCCCAACUUCCAUCGGCUCCAUCUCCAGCCUCGAGGAGCUCUACCUCGACAACAACCAGCUCCAAGGGCCUAUUCCUGAGAGCAUCGGCGCUCUGCAGAAUCUGAAGAGACUGGAGCUUCAGGCGAACAAGCUGUUCGGCAAAUUGCCCGAUAUGUCUUCGCUGAAGAGCCUGUACUUCUUGGACAUGAGCGAUAAUCGGAUCUCGGGUAAUCUCAGCUCGAUGCCGGAAUCCAUAGUGGAAAUUUCGAUGAGGAACAACUCAUUGGAACAACUGCCAGACGGCCUCGGGAAUUUGAGGUUUUUGCAGGUGUUGGAUCUCAGCAACAACAAUCUAUCAGGCGGCGUUCCGGCAGUUGUCUUCAAUCAUCCAUCGCUAGAGCAGCUGACGCUCUCUCAUAAUCAGCUCUCGUCGCUUCAAGAACCAGAGAACAGCGGCGCCGGAAGCCAGCUCAUUGCAGUGGAUUUAGGCUACAAUGCGCUGGGGGGACUGCUGCCCGCUUUCAUGGGGAUGAUGCCAAGGCUAUCUGCUCUGACUCUGGAGAGCAAUCGAUUUACGGGUAUGAUCCCAUCUCAGUACGCGCUCAAGGCGGUAGUUCCAGGGCCUGGUAUGGCGCCAUUCAUGCGACUGUUAUUGUCCGGAAACUACCUGUUCGGGCCCAUCCCGAGCCCGUUGAUUGGGAUGAAACCGGGUUCUGCUAUCGUGAGCCUGGUGGAUAACUGUCUAAUGAGAUGUCCGGAGUCUUUCUUCUUCUGCCAGGGAGGCAAGCAGAAGUCUUUCUCUGAUUGUAGAAAUUUCAGCCCUGUAAUACCGUGAAAGUUUCAAUCCAAAAGGCUUUCUUUC